CAUUUUAAACUACACACCAUAUUUGCCAAGAGCAGUUGUAGAAGAUGCCAUCGAGAGAGCCUUUAAAGUCUGGAGUGAUGUGACACCACUAACGUUCGAAAGGGUCUUUGAAGAGGAAGGAGAUAUUGUGUUCUCCUUCCACAGAGGAGACCAUGGUGACGUUUACCAAUUUGACGGAUCUAAAUAUCACUUUGCUCACGCUUUUCUGCCAGGCCCAGGUUUGGGGGGCGAUGUUCAUUAUGAUCUUGAUCAGAAGUGGACCGACAACAGUGAGAAUUUCAACUUGUUCUAUGUUACGGCUCAUGAACUGGGCCACUCUCUUGGACUCUCCCAUUCUAAUGAUGAAGAGGCACUAAUGUUCCCCAGCUACACAUGGGGCAAUAAAGACUUUGUGCUAAACCAGGACGAUAUUAAUCGCAUCCAGGCUUUAUAUGGAUCUUCACCAAAUCCCAUCCAGCCAACAGGUGCAGCACCAAAUCCAUGUAAUAGUGGUCUAACUUUUGAUGCUAUAACUACAUAUCGCGGGGAGGUGAUAUUCUUUAAAGACAG